UUGUUUUUCUCCUCCUUUGCCUUUGAAUUGUCCUCCAAUUAGCGUUGAUUCCAAGUCUUCGUCAUCUUCUACCCACACAGUUGAUCUCCUUCAGGUCAUGUCUGACUUUGACACGGUUCUCAAGUUCUGGGCUCCAGUAGAGGCAGACUACGACACCUAUGGAGGUCUGGUCCUGAUCCGUUUAUUCACCGACCACCCUGAAACUCAGAAGCUGUUCCCCAAAUUUGCCGGAAUCCCCCUGGCUGACCUGGUUGGGGAUUCUAGAGUCUCCAGCCACGGGGCCACUGUGUUGAAGAAACUGGGCGAGCUGUUCAAGGCUCGAGGGAGCCACUCUGCCAUCCUCAAACCUCUGACUAAAAGCCACGCCACCAAACACAAGAUAACCAUCCGUCACUUCCAGGAGAUCUCAGAGGUCAUUGCUAAGGUCCUGGAGGAGAGGGCUGGGCUGGACGGCGCCGGGCAGCAGGCUAUGAAAAACGUGAUGGCCGUCGUCAUCGCGGACAUUGAGGCCGACUACAAAGAGCUGGGCUUUACAGGCUGAUGGCGCUUUUGAAAAUGACGUUUUGCACUAAAUGGUGGCAGACUUCCAGAGUGUGCUAAUAAAAACCUCUGACACCCACAACCCACUUGC